AUGUCUGAGGACAACGACAGUGAUGCAGACAUCUACGAGACUCCAGCUGACUUGCAUAAGCCAAUAGAGCACGAGCCAGUUGAACAGGAACAACCAGAAGAAGAAAAAAAAGAAACUGAAGUUCCAACGUACAAAUACCGUCUGAAAGGCUUAGAUUGGUGGAUUACAGAUCAACAAAUUACCGAAUCGCUUUCUGCUAUUGGCCAUGUUAAGGAUUUGUACUUUAAACAAUUCCAUACCAAUGGCCAAUCAAGUGGUGAUGUUGAUGUUGAAAUACAGUCAGAAUUACCAGUUGAAGAGAUCAACGACAUACUAUCAAACCUUAAAUUUGAAGAUAAGAAUAUCAAAUUCGAAUCCGGCUCUUCAAAAUCGAAGAGAAAUUCAACACCGAACCCACCGGAGCAAAAAGACAAGCCAAAAGGUCAUGCUCCAUUACUGUACGAAGACGAAUCAUCACCAAUACCUUCCGAACUCUUCAGAUUUAAACCAGAAGAUAAAGUUAAAUCUGAUUCUAAGUCAAAGAAGGAUGAUUCUCGUGACAAAGGCAGAGAUGAUAGAGGCCGUGACCGCGAUCGUAGCAGACGUGAUAGAGAUCGCGACGACAGAGAUGAUCGUGACGAUAGACGUGACAGAGACCGUGAUGACAGAGACGAUGGCUACAGAAGAGAUAGAGAUAGAGAUCGCGAUGACAGAGACCGUGAUGAUAGGGACAGAAGAGACAGAGAUCGCGAUAGAAGAGACCGCAGAGACAGAGAUCGCGAUGACAGGGACAGGAGAGACCGCAGAGAUAGGGAUCGUGAUGAUAGAGACAGAAGAGACAGAGAUCGCGACAGAAGACACGAUCGUGAUAGAGAUCGUGAUCGCAAGAGAGGAUCAUCUGUUUCAAGAUAUGAUUAUUCAAGUGAUGAUGACAGAUAUUACAGAAGACGUGAUUAA